AAGCCGUAGAAAAAAAAGUAAACGAAGAAGAAGUGAAACACUGAAGAAGAACCUGUUUGAAGAAACGAAGAAGAAUCACCAUCACCAUAAAGGACGUCAAAGUGAAAAAAAAGAAAAGAAGCUCUUCGGACGGGACGUUGAAGUUGUCGCAUCAGCAAGCAUGGCGGGCGAGCGGCGCAACGGCAACCUGCUGGUCCAGAUCAGUCCGCGGCUGCAGGCGUAUCCCGAGGAACUGAUCCGCCAGCGACGCACACGCGACGGCCAGACAGAGUACCUGAUCCGCUGGUGCCUUGCCGAUGUCGACGACGGCUCCGCCUCCGGAGUCAGUAACUCCGGCAGCGGCGGCGGUUCCGGGUCGAGGGGCCCCGACGGCUCCUCAUCUGGGGAUAUGAAAGCCAAGAACAUCCUGAUGUGGAUGUCCACGGAGGACGUGUACGCCAAUUGCCCCGCCCUGCCCGGCAAGAGGAAAGCCGACACACAGCGCGCCGCGCGGCCACAGGAGAAGCCGAGCGGCGGCGGCGAGGCCGAGGGGACCUUUGAUGAGGUGGAGCUGCUAGACAUGGAGGAGGAUGUGAAGAACCUGGUGCGCCGUGCCAGGAAGCAAAUGGCCAAGAAGAGCGAGCUCUCGCUCACCAUCACGCACACCAUCCACGUGCUGAGCGCCUACGCCGCCAUCGGCUCGCUGGCGGCCGUCUUCAAGGAGACCGGUGCCCUCGACCUGCUCAUGGAGCUGCUGUGCAGCAAGGAGACGCAGACCCGACGCAGUGCUAGCAAGAUGCUGCGAGCGCUGGCCUCCCACGAUGCAGGUAACGCGAUGCUGUCGCUCAGCCAGCAGGACGGCAUCGAGCAGCACAUGGAUUUCGACAGCCGCUACACGCUGUUGGAGCUGUUUGCUGAAACCACGUCCUCGGAGGAACACGGCAUCUCCUUCCAAGGGGUCCAUCUGCCGCAGAUUCCCGGGAAGCUGCUGUUCUCCCUGGUUAAGCGUUACCUGUGCGUGACGUCGCUAAUGGACAAACUCAACACGGUGGGAGCCGACUCGGCCUCUGACAGACAGGAAGCGGGCAGCUCCCCCGGCCCCGCCUCUUCCUCCUCCGGGACGGCUCGGCUGCGCAUGACGUGCGAGUUUGAGUUGGCCAUGGCCAUGGCCAACCUGAUCUCGGAACUGGUGCGCGUGAUGGGCUGGGACCGCAAGCAACUCUGGAGCGCGACCCUGCCGCCCGGAGGAGGAGGCGGCGGCGAUCAGGAGGACGCCGCGGCGCCCGCCCUCAGGUCCAUCUUCCAGCCUCGGCUCCGCGCCUUGCCCGCCGCCCCCGCCGUGAGCCGCCCCGCCGCCGCCGUCCCCAAGGCCAAGACCGGAAACGGCUACAAAACACGCUGCGACUUCGCCAGCCGCUCGGCGUACGUGGAGUAUGUGCAGGACCACCUGAAGAGCGGCAUGGUGGUGCGCAUGCUUGAGGACUACGAGGAGGUCAGCGCCGGAGACGAAGGAGAGUUCCGAUACUGCAACGACGGCUCCCCGCCUGUUCAGGUGUACUGGAACGCCCUGUGCCGAACUUACUGGGUCCACUGGCACAUGCUGGAGAUUGUUGCCGGCGCGGGCAACAACGGCCCGGAUGCGAAGGACGCGGCGGACAAGGCCUCGUCCCUCACGAGAACCAUCAGACUGGCGGCAGCCAGCCAGAGCACCUUCCCCAAGCCUCCGGGCGGCCUCUACUCGCUGCCCUACUUGCCCGAGCGUCCGCGGGCGGCCGAGGACGACGCUCAGGCGGCGCUGACUCGCGCCGAGUGGUGGGAGCUCCUCUUCUUUGUCAAGAAGCUGGAAGCCGGCGCGCAGCGGGAGAUGAUCCGCCUUUUGAUGCACAACCUUGGCCAGCAGGAGGCCGAGAUGGGCGACUCCGCGCUGGUGGGCCUGACGGUGCCGGCAGACGUUGUCCGGAAGCUCAUCCGCUACCUGAAGCAACAUCUGCCGCCGUCCUGCUUGGACGAGCUGCUGUGCUCGUGCGCCUUCGCCCGACACUGCGCGCGGUCGGGCGGAGGCGGCCACGAGCGAGAACCACCGGCGGGCGGCGACGACGACGACGAUGACGCUUCCUGCUCGUCGUCUUCCUCCGGGAUGGCCUCCUUCUCCAAGAGAGCCAAGAAGGAACCUAACACUGAUUUGUCCUGCGCCAGCGCCGACGCGGACGCGGACACGGAGAGCGAGCUACCCCAGGAAGAUUGCAGCCUGUAUCCUGACGGCCUGGAGGAGAUGAUGAAGGCCUUUAACGGGCCUCGUGUCCUGGGCAAGAAGACUGUGCUGGAGAAGAUCGGAGAGGUGGUGGACAUCCUCAAGAAAGGAGCCAUGAGAUGGGACCCGCUCCAGAACCUGGCCGGGGUCAUCUUCAUCAGCAGGCUGCUGGAGGACAAUACCACGCCGGACAAAAACCCGGGCCGGAGCGACGCUGUGCAGAGCAUGCAGGACAAAGUUGUGAAGCUGCUGGUCGACCUGCUGGGCUCACCGUGCAGCAACGUGGCCACCCGCACGCUGAGGCUGACGCAUUCGCUCUUGCUCCGAUACGAGUGGAGGGUUUCGUUUGCCACCGAGGGCGGCGUCAAAGCCAUCCUGAUGUGCAUGCAGGAGAUGGCCGACGUGCCGCACGUGCAGCAGCUUGCGCUGGCGACGCUGAAGGUCCUGAUGGGGGCCGCGAAGUACGAGCCACAAGGCGCUGGCAGCGUUCCCGCGCUCUCGGAAUCGGGCGCUCAGAUGAUGCUGGAGAUCUUCGCCAGCAUCGGCUCGGCCACGCCCGAAGGCUCCAAAGGGCCGCUGGCCGCCAUCCCCGCCGCCCUCGACCUCAUGCUGAGGACGCCGGGCUGCGUGCCGGCCGUGCGCAACAGCCUGAUGGUCAUCUUGACGCUGGUCUCCAACCACAAGAGUUUGGCCUCACAGCUGAUGACUUGCGGCGUCACGGCCGUCCUGGAAAAGUGUCUGGCGCUGUCCCAGAAUGAGACCAUGCUGGCCAUCAUCGCCCUCAACCACAUCUUCAUGGCGCAGAAGUUGGACAACAAAGAUCCUCCAGAGCAGCUGGACCUGAAGGACACGCAGCUGCAGAAGUUGCUGAUGAGUCUCAAGGGGAGGACGGCCACUGCCAAAGAAGUCAUCCACACGCUGGAGCAGCUGCUGUGCCAGUCGACGUGUCAGCUGGAAGGCCUGCGUAGCCAGGUCUCCCAAAGUCAGGACAUGUUUCAGGACCUUCUACAUCUGAUGGAGCCACUGCAAGCGGACCGGACCGUCCAGUUGUCCAUCCUCAGGAUCCUGAGCAAGUUUUUGGACAGCUACCAGGAGGACGUGCUGCCCUGGCAAGACAGCAUCAAGCCUUGCCUGGCAUCCAUGAGCGCAUUCAUCAGCGACAAAGAGGUUGUCCAGCAGCUGGUGUCGUUCCUGUACCGCAUGACGUGCGUGAACAAGGACUACGCCGUGGUGAUGUGUCGCCUGGGUACCAAAGAGGUUCUGAUCAAGGCUCAGGAUAAACACGGCGCCGGCCUCAACACGGCGGCCGAACUUCGGGACGUCGUGGCCGAUUGUGACAAGUACGCCAGCCUCUACAACAGCAUGACCACCAGCGUGCUGGCCGGAUGCAUACAGAUGGUGUUGGGCCAGAUCGAGGAGCAUCGGCGCAGCCACGAGCCCAUCAACAUUCCCUUCUUUGACGUCUUCCUCCGCAAUCUCUGCCAAGGCUCCAGCGUGGAGCUGAAGGAGGAAAAGUGUUGGGAGAAGGUGGAGGUGUCGUCCAAUCACCAUCGAGCCAGCAAACUCAGCGACAAGAACAUGAAGACUUAUUGGGAGUCCAACGGGCCCACCGGCUCGCACUUCAUCAACAUCUUCAUGCACAGAGGCGUCAUCAUCAGGCAGCUGGCCAUCCUGGUGGCCAAUGAGGACUCCAGUUACAUGCCGGCCCGGAUCCUGGUUCUGGGUGGAGACGACCCAGGAAACAUUAGCACUGAACUCAACACGGUGAAUGUGAUGGCGUCGGCCAGUCGGGUGGUUCUGCUGGAAAACAUGAACAGAUUCUGGUCCAUCAUUCAGAUCCGCAUCAAGAGAUGCCAGCAGGGCGGGAUCGACACCAGGGUUCGUGGUUUUGAGGUUGAGGGGCCCAAGAACACCUUCUGGCCCGUGUUCAAAGAACAGCUUUGCUGUCGGACCUUCUUGUUCUACAGCACCAAAGCGCACUCGUGGUGUCAGGAGGUGACCGAGGACAAGACGCGUCUGCUGCAGCUUUUCGACAAGCUGAACAGCGCCCUCAGGCACGAGCAGAUGUUUGCCGACCGCUUCCUGCCGGAUGUCGAAGCCGCCGAAGCCUUGGGUCGAACCUGCUGGGAGGCGCUGGUCACCCCCAUCGUGCGCACCAUCACCUCAUCAGAAGGUUGUGGCUCCAGCCCGCUUUCCUGGCUGCUCUGCGAGUACCUGGACAACUUGGACUUGGCCCACCGCCGCUUCAAAAGCAGGGCCGCCAUCUUUAACUCCCGCGUCAGACGGCUGACGCACCUCCUGGUGCACGUGGACAGCGGCCCGGCCGACCCGGACCACAUCGGACCUCCCGUCAAAUCUCAAGGCAAAGAAUCCAAGAACAAAGAUGGCGCAGCGACCGCUUCUUUGUCGGUCAAGCCUCCGGCGAAGAAGAGCAGCAUCGCAGACAUGGCUGCCUGCUGGCAGGUGGUGGUACUGCAGCAGGUGAAGAGCUUUCUGGAAGGCAACUGCGAGCAUCCCGACUUUGUGGAGCGCUACCGCACGUUGUACGUGCGUCUAAAGAAGGCCACAGAGGAACUGUUUGGCCAGCAGACGGCUUUCGUCUUGGCCCUGCGACACGGUUUCUCCGCCGCCUUACUGCAGCUCUCCAUCCUCCGAGCCAUGCACGUGAGCGAGCGCUUCGCUCAGUACGUGGACCAGAUCUUGCAGGCCAAUGGCUCGGUUUUCGGCAGCCCUGAAACUUUGGAGGAAUUCCAGCAGUUUUUGGAGCCCAUGCUCUUCCUGUCGGGCUUGGAGCUGGCCAACACCUUUGAGCACUUCUACAGGUACUACAUGGCCGACCGCCUGCUGGCGCGCACCAACGUGUGGUUGGAAGCUUUUGUGGUGGAGCAGCUGGGCUCGUGCUUCCCCAACCGCUUCCCUCAGCAGAUGUUGAAGAACCUGAGCGAGUCGUCCGAUCUGCGGCGGGACUUCCACCUCUACCGCUUGCAGCAGCUGGACUGCGCGCUGCACGGCCGGCAGAUGGACGACGAGGACGAAGAGGAGUUGGAGCGAGAGACGGAGCAGGAGGCGGAUGUCCGAGUCCUGCUUUUGUCUCCUCGCUGCUGGACCAUCUCGUCGCUCUGCUUCAUGGACGAGCCGUCGAGACACUUCCCGGCCCGGCUGUGUUCCUACCUUGCGCAGUUCGCCCUCUUCUACUGCCACAGCCAGUCAAUGUCUGUCGGAAGUCAGGGUAAGCCCGGGGGUCUUCAGUGGACGUGGCUGGGUCAUGCCGACGUCCAGUUUGGCGGUUUGACGCUUCACGUGUCCACACUGCAGAUGUUCAUCCUGCUGCAGUUUAACACACAGGAGGAAGUGGGUGUGGACUCCGUGCUGAAGGGGUGUGGUCUAUCAAAAGAGGUGGUGCUUCAUGCUCUGCAGCCUCUGAUUGAAGAUGAAGGACCACUCAGCUGCAGUCAUCCGCAAGACCCCUGCCAAGGUGUGUUGCAGGUGAAGCAGCACUCAGCGCAUAACCUGACCAGGCGCGUGGAGCUUCAGCCGCGACAGACGUACUUGAAUGUGGACAAAGACGCCACCGCCGCUCUGGAGACCAAGCGCAACUUCAUCUACUGCCUCAUUGUCAACAUCCUCAAGCAGGAGAAGGAAAUGCAUAUCGACAACCUGGUGUUCAAGGUUCUCCAUUCGUGUCACAAACGCGAAGCGGGCCGGUCUCCCGCUUCCACUCCGGGUCCGGGUGGCUUCAGCUGCAGCACGGGUGACGUUCUGUCCUGCAUUAUGCACGUGAUGAGCAAAGGAUGCGUACGCCGCAACCCGGAGCAUCCUCACAUGGUCGAGUUCCUCCCCGACGAUCCGGCCACGCCGCAGAAGGGACACGCGCACCUCUCCUUGGCCACCACCAACGAUACCCACGGCAGCUCCCCAACGAACCCCGGUGUUUUUUUGGACGGCGCAGCGGUAGACUGCGCUUUGUUUUCGAGCGGUCGCAGCAUGACACCGGAGGAGGUGUCUCAGCUGAUGCGUACCACCGUCCAGCAGGUGGCGGCCACCUUAAGCGUGGACCCGGACCGGGCCGAGCACCUUCUGGUCCACUGCGGCUGGAACGCCGACCUCCUGAUGCGGCGCUACACAGAUGACCCCGAAGGUGCGGCGGCUGCCGCCGGACUCGAAUGUCGGGACCCUCGGCCACCGCCCGGGCCCGAUUCGGCCUGCCCCGUGUGCCUGGUCCCCCGCGGCACCGCCCCCGACCCGCCGCCCUCCCUCAGUUGCAUGCACUACUGCUGCAGGUCGUGCUGGCGGGAGUACCUCAGCGCUCGCAUCGAGCAGAACCUGGUGACCAACUGUAACUGUCCCAUACCCGACUGCCGGGCCCAGGCCACGCCCCGCUUCUUCCUCGCCAUCGUCACCGACAAGGACACCGUCGCCAAGUACGAGAAGGCACGACUGCGAGGCUUCGUGGAGUCGUGCUCCAACCUGACGUGGUGCACCAACCCGCAGGGCUGCGAUCAGAUCCUAUGCAAGGAGAACAUGGGCAGCAUGGGAACCUGCUCCAAGUGCUGCUGGUCCUCGUGCUUCAGCUGCAACUUCCCCGAGGCACACUACCCGGCCAGCUGCAGUCACAUGUCUCAGUGGAUGGACGACGGCGGCUUCUACGAGGGGAUGAGCGCCGAGGCUCAGAGUAAACAUUUGGCCAAGCUCAUCUCCAAGCGCUGCCCCAGCUGCCAGGCGCAGAUCGAGAAGAACGAGGGCUGCCUCCAUAUGACCUGCGCCAAGUGCAACCACGGCUUCUGCUGGCGCUGCCUCAAAGCGUGGAAGCCCACGCACAAGGACUACUACAACUGCGCCGCCAUGGUGAGUAAAGUGGCGCGACACGAGAAGAAGUUCCAGGAUGUAAACGAGAGAUGCACCUUCCAGCACCAGGCCAAGGACUUUGCCGUCAGCCUGGAGAAGAAGGUGUCGUCCAUUAACGAAGCCCUGCAGAUGAAGUCUCUCACCUUUGUCAUCGACGCCUGCAAGAUCCUGGCGCAGGCUCGCAAGGUUCUGGCCUAUUCGUGCGUGUACGCUUUCUACAACCAGGACGGCGACAAGAUGGAUGUGAUGGAGCAGCAGACGGACGCUUUGGACGUGCACACCAACGCCCUGCAGAUCUUGCUGGAGGGGACUCUGCUGCACUGCAGCGACCUGGCCUCUUGCAUCCGUCUGCUGAAAGCCGAGCACCUCAACACGGGCCUGGAACUGAUGCGACGCAUCCAGGAACGCUUGCUGGCCAUCCUGCAACAUUCCACGCAGGAUUUCGGCAUGGGCUAUCGGUCCCAAAGCACGCAGGAUGCAGAAAACACGCACGCGGCCGAUGCGGCCAACCGCGACAACACGGCCGCCAAAGCCUCGGAAGCCGACUCCAGAGACUCGGACAACAACAACCGCGACGACGACGAGGACGACGAUGACGAGUACGACGACGACUACGUCCCCGAGUGGCACGACGACUAUGACGAUUAUGACGACGAAGACGUCGAUGAGGACGACUUCUUCUCGGACGAUGACGAGCCGGGCUUCAGCCUCUUUGACUGAGCGAAACGUCCCACGCGUGAAGGGACGGGGCCGCUCGGGAAGGCACCCGCGGCUACGGUGGCCUCUUCCAAUCCCAGUGCUCCUAUUCGUUUGCGAGUGGUGGUCCCUCGCCGGAACGCCAACGGCCAAAGCAGCAAAGAAGGGGAAAGUCCUCGCAAGAGGUCGCGGGGUCAUAGAAGUCUUGGCUCGCUAUUUGCUCCCUUGCUUCUUUUCUGGAUUGGAUUCAAUCCUUCUCUUACCUUGUUGAUUUGCCCAUGAUGUCUUUGCACUUGAUUUGUUGGCUAUGCACACAAACGACAUGGUCAGUAUUCUCCCUUUGUCUCUGUUUUUUGUUGAAGCUCAAAAUCAGUAAAAAGUU